AUUGGAGUCUGUAUUCAAUGACUCACUCCAACCGUUAUGUUCACUGUUUUGAUCGCAACAUCAUUGCUGUGACUCUUGUUUACAUGAAUGCAAACACAACUCAUUUAAAAACACAAUUAAACGCUAUUUCCAGACAAUUAGUGAUCAUUUCGUCACUCAAUUGCUCACCAAAUCCACAGACAAUCGCCAGAUUGUGGCACAGAUUGCAUGGAUAGUCGGGUGUGAUUGUGGUGGACAUCGAGGAAUCGACUCAUCGCUUCGGAAGUGAAUUAUAAUUGAUCGUUAAAAUGGAGUGUAAUCGCGGUAAAGUAGUGUCGUGUCCAUCGGAUCAGAUGUCGUAUACGAACCGAGUUGUGGUCAAUAAGGCUGACUAUCCUCUCUAUGACAAGAAUCGCAAUGUGGAGAUAACCACUUCACGGAACCAGAAGUAUGUCUUCACUCUGGAGGCGAUCGAUGCGAUGGCGAGGGGGACGAUGGGCUUCAAUAUGCCUAUGCGAAAAUGGGCGGAACUGUCGAUCAAUGAGGUGAUAGACGUGCGGCUCUACACAUUCAAUCCCAACACCCAAUUCGUGUCCAAAAUCACACUAUCCGUGGAUUAUAUGCAAAAAACGGCCCCUAAUUCAGAGUCUUAUGACACGGAUGUUAUGGCCCGAGAGUUCUCAAUGCAAUUCCCGCGACAGGCCUUCACUGUCGGACAAACUUAUUUAAAAUUUUAUUUCUACUAUUAUCCCAAUACGGACAUCCAGUAUGUGUUCAAAUUUAUUGACAAAAAACUGCUUAAACUGGUUGUCAAAGACAUGGAAGUGUUAACACUCGAUGGCAUGAAAGGCAAGGCACCGAAAGAACCGCAAAAAACCAGAAUCGGACAAUUACUGCCCGACUCUCAGGUGGUGUUUGAGAAGUCGGAGGAGUCGUCGAUCAUACUGACGGGUCAGGCGAAGGGCAAA